CUCCCAUUCGAUGACAGGAGUCUUCCAAGAUUGUUCCAAAAGAUCGCAGCUGCUGACUUUGACAUGCCAUCACACCUGUCGCCUGAGUUGAAAGACUUGUUGAAGAGGCUAAUGUUCCCUGAUCCCCAGAAAAGGAUCGCGAUUCAUGAGAUCCGGUCCCACGAUUGGGUGGACAGAGAUUACACACCAGUGGUGCCCCCAGAGCUGAUGUCAUCGCCCAAGGCCGCAGAUGCUGAAGACAUCUUCCAGGAGAAUGUGGAAUUAAAGCGGGUAGUUGUUGGCGAGAACAGCACAGACGAGCCCUGCUCACAGGGGACAACUCUGCACCGUAGCAACAGCCAGUACACUGCCUUUCAUUUGAUUGGCACUGCGCUGGAUCUGUCAACGUUGUUCGAAAAUCGCAGAGAGGUCAUCCAGAGGAACACGCGUUUCACGUGCUAUGGAGAACCCGCCGACGUCCUGAAUCGCAUCAGCAGCUCCGUAUGCGAAGUUGGCGGCCGUGUCGAGCCAAGGAACGGCGACCGUAUCAAGAUUUAUUUCGCCAUCAGCGCCCAGCGCACGAUCGCUGCGAGCGCCGAGGUGUUCGAUCUGCUGCCGGGCAUCCAAGUCGUGGAGAUACAGCGGAACAGGGGGGACCGCCGGGACUUUCGCGAGUUCUACACCAUCAUCACAACUGCCCUGCAAGACCUCAUGACUUCGAGGGAUGAUGAUGAUGCAGGGUCUCGUUCCGCACCAUCUUGCGUCAGUCCCCAAGCUGUGUGA